AUGGCGUCUGGAUCUGAUGUCAAGGUCGAAUUCGACCCUAAGAACAUGCCUUUCCGCAGGCUCGGCCCUAGUGGUCUCCGAGUCCCUGUCUUCUCGCUUGGUGGAUGGCUUACACUUGGUGGAACUGUGAUCGGUGACCCAGUGAAGGAUAUAAUCAAAGUCGCAUUCGACAAUGGUAUCAACAUGUUCGAUACCGCGGAGGCUUAUGCGAAAGGCAAGUCCGAGGUGGAAAUGGGUCGUGUAAUUAAGGAGCUCGGCCUCCGACGGACAGAUCUUGUCAUCACUACCAAAUUAUUCUGGGGUCUGCGCACUGGUCCCAAUGAUGGUGGUCUCUCGAGGAAACAUAUCAUUGAAGGAACCAAGGAGUGUCUCGAGCGUCUUGGUCUUGACUACGUCGAUGUUAUCUUUGCGCACCGCCCAGAUGUCUCAGUCCCCAUGGAAGAGGUGGUACGCGCAUUCAACUGGGUGAUUGAAAAGGGUUUGGCAUUCUACUGGGCAACGUCAGAAUGGUCUGCAUACGAGAUUGAGGAAGCGCAGCACAUCGCGACGAAGCUUGGACUCCAUGGACCUAUUGCUGAACAAUGCCAACACAACAUGUUCCAUCGUGAGCGCCCUGAGAAGGAGUACCGUCCUUUGUACAAGAAAUACCAGCUGGGCACCACCGUCUUCUCCGCUCUUGCUAGCGGUCUUCUUACUGGAAAGUACAACGCCGGUAUCCCAGAUGGGACCCGUUUCUCCACGCACUCCAACUUUUUCAAGGGCACAGUGGACAGCUUGCAAAAGGAGGAGGGUCUCACGAAGAUCCGCAAGGUCAACGAGUUGAGCGUACUCGCAGAACAAGAGCUUGGUUGCAGCGUCACGCACCUGGCACUUGCGUGGGUCGCAAAGAACCCGAACACAAGCACUGUCAUCCUCGGGGCCUCGAAACCUGAACAAGUCGUCGAUAACUUGAAGGCUCUCGACGUCAUUCCCAAACUCACCCCUGAGAUAAUGGACAGGAUUGAAGCAAUUCUGGAGAACCAGCCGGCUGCCCCGCCAACAUUUGGUCGCCCGGCCCUGGAUUCCAACGGCCGUCUGUGA